AACUUGGAACGCACCGCAAUAUUAAUACAAUAGUCUAUGUCAGUUUAUGGAAUACUGCUUGGUGGUAUUGGGAAUUUUAUAUGUUUUUGAAACUGGGGUGGAUAAUAUUUGGCCUGUUUAUGCCCAUCGCCAUUUAAAUUUCCUGAUAAUUUGCUAGUUCGAUAAAUAGCUAGCUGGUAAAACAUUUGUCAACAAUUCCGUUUUUAAACUAAUCCACGACAGAUUUAAUCCGUUCAAAACGAAACUAUUGACUAUAAGCAAAGUAACGUUAGCUGCGUACUAGCUAAGAACCCAAUGUAGUUUUACAUGCCUAUGUUUGUCUGUGGAGUCCCAGAAAUCCCACUAACAGGCUUAUGCAAGGGAGUAGAUCCCUUAUUUGGAUACGAUUAGAACAUCCUAGCUGUUGCCUGAUUGGCAAGUGUGGCUGAAGUUUGACACAAUGGCAAAAUUGUAACUUUUUUUUUUUAGCGAAAUAAUUUGACAGUUUUGUUCUUGAUUGACAGCAGGUGGUUUAAGCAGUGGAAAAAGUAUGUGGGAUUUGACAGCUGGGAUAUGUACAAUGUUGGAGAACAGAGCCUCUAUCCAGGGCCUAUAGACAACUCAGGACUUUUCUCAGACCAGGAGUCUCAGUCCUUGAAAGAGCACCUUAUAGAUGAGCUGGACUAUGUUCUGAUGCCCACUGAGGCCUGGAACAAGCUGGUCUCCUGGUAUGGAUGUCUGCAGGGACAACGCCCCAUUGUCAGGAAGGUGGUGGAGCAUGGCAUGUUUGUGAAGCACUGUAAAGUGGAGGUCUACCUGCUGGAGCUCAAUCUAAGCGAGCACAACAACAUGGACAACGUGGUGAUGCGACACUUCAGCAAAGCCGACACCAUAGACGCAAUUGAGAAGGAGAUGAGGUCGUUAUUUAAUAUCCCUGCGGAGAGGGAGACCCGCCUGUGGAACAAAUACAUGAGCAACACGUAUGAGCAACUGAGCAAGCCGGACAGUACGGUGCAGGACGCUGGUCUCUUCCAGGGCCAGAUGCUGGUGAUCGAACAGAAGAAUGAUGACGGCACAUGGCCGAGACAAGCUCCCCAUUCACAGUCCAGUAUCGUGUCGACUAGGAAUUUCACUACCUCUCCAAAGCUCUCCUCCAACUCCUCAGCCACCAUCUCUUCAACAGUGACCAAUGGCGACAGCAGCAGCAACUCCAUCUACUCCCUGAACAACAGCACCUCCUCCGACAACAGGUUGGGCGGCUACAACUCCUACAGCUCGUCCUACUGUUACAGAGAGUCCCAGUCCCAACCAGGUCUGUGUGGCCUUAGCAACCUGGGUAACACGUGCUUCAUGAACUCCGCCCUCCAGUGCCUGAGCCACGCCUCCCCGCUCACAAAGUACUUCCUGGACGACCAGUACGAGGCGGAGAUAAACCGGGAGAAUCCGUUGGGGAUGAGGGGGGAGAUCGCCGAGGCGUACGCAGACCUGGUCAAGCAGAUGUGGCUGAGCCGCAGCAGCUACGUGGCUCCACGCACCUUCAAGACCCAGGUGGGCCGCUUCGCCCCCCAGUUCUCGGGGUACCAGCAGCAGGACUCCCAGGAGCUGCUGGCCUUCCUGCUGGACGGGCUCCACGAGGACCUAAACCGCGUCAAGAAAAAGCCUUACCUGGCUCUGAGGGACGACGAGGGUCGGCCGGACGAGAUCGUAGCCAAGGAAGCCUGGACUAACCAUCGCUUGCGCAAUGACUCCAUCAUAGUAGACAUCUUCCACGGCCUCUUCAAAUCCACUCUGGUCUGCCCAGAGUGUUCCAAGAUCUCUGUGACCUUUGACCCUUUCUGCUACCUCACACUGCCCCUGCCCAUGAAGAAGGAUCGCACAAUGGAGGUGUUCCUGGUCUGCGCGGACCCCCGAUCCAGACCUAUGCAGUACAGGGUGGUGGUCCCCAAGCUGGGCUCGGUAGCAGACCUCUGCAGCGCCUUGUCCAAACACUCCGGAAUCCCAGCCGAGAACAUGGUCGUGGCGGACGUUUACAACCACCGAUUCCAUAAAAUCUACCGGAAGGACGAUGGCCUCAACAACAUAAUGGAGAAAGACGACAUCUUUGUGUAUGAGGUUGGUGAGGAGGAUGGGGAAACGGUCAACCUGCCUGUGUACUUCAGGGAGAGGCACAGCAAGCACGCGGGCGGCUCCACGGGUGCCCAGCUGUUCGGCCAGCCGCUGCUCAUCACCGUCCCCAAGCAGAACCUCGCCGUUGACCUGCUGUACGAGAAGGUGCUGGAGAGGAUUGGGCGCUAUGUGAAGCGGCCACAGGGAUCUGCUACCUGUGAGGGAAAGACCUCAGCCACUGCCUCCAGCAGCAUGGGCAGCCACAGCCAGGCUGCGGAGUCUACUGCAUUGGCCAAUCACAAUACAGAGCUGGGCGGCUGUGGUGGAAGUCUGUCCGAGGGGGCUUCCAGCAGUGGGCGAUGCACCAACAGCAAUGGCCAGCAGGGGCAGCAGAGCUGCAAUGGCCCCAAUGGGGCAUGUGGAGAUGAGGAAGAAGCCAUGGAUCACCAGGUCAGCCCGGAGCCAGAGUUUAGCCAAUCAGAUGACUCUGUUGGUGGGGAGGAGGAGGAUGACGAUGACGAUGAGGACGACGACCUGGAUAACAGCCCGUCUGGCAGCGUGGCGAAGCCUGGGAACGCUGAGCCCAAACUUUUCUCCUUCAGCAUGGUGAACUCAUACGGGACAGCCAACAUCGGACUGUUGCCCAGCGACAGCAACACCCUCAAAAUCAACACACAUUCCACUGUUGCAAUAAACUGGGACUCGGACAUGAGGAAACUGUACUAUGAUGAUCAGGAGGCAGAGGCCUAUGAGAAGCACGAGAGCAUGAUGCAGCAGCAGAAGAAAAAGACCACCGUAGCCCUGAGGGAAUGCAUCCAGCUCUUCACUACCAUGGAGAUCCUGGGAGAACAUGACCCCUGGUACUGCCCGAAUUGUAAGAAGCACCAGCAGGCCACAAAGAAGUUUGACCUGUGGUCUCUGCCCAGAAUUCUGGUGGUUCACCUCAAGCGUUUCUCCUACAACCGCUGCUGGAGGGACAAGCUGGACACCGUGGUGGACUUUCCUAUUAGAGAUUUGAACAUGUCAGAGUUUGUUUGUGACCCGAAGGCUACGCCCUACGUUUAUGACCUCAUCGCUGUGUCCAACCACUAUGGAGGAAUGGGUGGAGGCCACUACACUGCCUUUGCCAAGAACGAGGUGGACGAGAAGUGGUACUACUUCGACGACAGCAGCGUCUCAUCCGCUACAGAAGAUCAGAUUGUGACGAAAGCAGCCUACGUCCUGUUUUACCAGCGCAGAGAUGGGGAGGCUGCCACUGAGACCCCCCCCUCCGCCUCUGCUUCGAGCGGGGGCCCUCCAACGGGCGACGACCGCAUGGACACCAACUGAGAGGCCCAGAGUGGCGCAGGGACACACGCUAAAGAAAGCCCAAAAGCAAGUUCAUGCACAUACCCGCCUGCUAGGUCUCAAAUCUACAUGGUACUCCUCUGUGGCUUAGUAUACUUACUUAUCAUCACAUGCAUAUUCUCCAAAAGCAGGAAAAAAACCCUCAGAUUAAUUUGAUUGGAGACCCAGAAGACUUCCCGUUUGGGCCCUGAAAACCACCGCUGACCCAGAUGGGGGCAGAGUGACAGACCCUUGAUUCCUGCACCGGACCACCACAAUUUUAGAAGUUGCCUAAAUGCACAGAUGAAUUUACAAGUCUGUUAUCAGCUAGGGGCACCAGGAAAUGAUCUUUAAAUAGCCAAAUGCACAAAUCCUCUCAACCAAAGCAUUGCAAGUUGUACAAGAUUGCAAAAGUGUGAAUUGUAUCAUUGGGUGGGGGUGGGGGUUUGCGUGUCAUACUGGAGCUGUGCACUCAUUUUUAAGCUAUAAACUAAUUGAUGUUGUUAUAGAACAGAGAGGACAAAUCUUUGCAGAGUCGUUUGUACCUUGGGUAUGUGUGUGCACUUGGCACAUAAACUUGCACACGCCUCACACUUUGCCCCCAGAAACCGAGGAUUUGGCGGGAUUGUGUAUCGAGGAGGUCUGGUCGUGACUGCUUUUCAUGUGAAAAACUGCGUGCGUCUCCUGCCCCUGACCCACCCCCAGCCUGACUAGCUGCAGCGUGAAGAGGAACAACCUGUUUUUCAUGGGCCGAUCGAUUCGCUUGCUUAACGUACGGUGCCUGUGUACUCCAGUCCUGUUAGCUCCGUCUUACCUUCUUCAGUCGGGGACAGUGCCACACAUCUGUUGCUCUGUCUGACUAACACAGAAGCACCAGCUGCCUUUGAGCAUGGGGACUUAAAAAAAAAAAAAAAAAACAGGAUCUAGGAUUGAGUGAUUUAGGAUUUUUUUUUAAUGGUGAGCACUGAGAUUGCUUAAUUGGCUCAACCCCUGAUUGCUUUCACUUCCUUACAUACACAUGAUAUUUUAAAAGUGGUUCCAGGAAUGGAGAUUUAUGAUGCAAGUGUAAUAAAUAUGUGGUUUAAAGAAUGGUGAAGCCCAAUUAGUUCUUUGAAGGCUAAAACGAAUUUCUGUCUUUUUGCGAUGAACUCGUAUGCUUUAGCCUGUCUUCUGCUGUUCUGUAUACCAAUCCAGGGUUCUUUUCUGGGGAUUUUUUUAAAUACAAUGCCUGCAAACACACUGGGAAGAUGGUGAACAUUUGGGUUGAAAACACUGCUGUUGAAAAGAAAAAGAAAAAAAAAGAUUGUCCGGAAGAGCUGGGACGGCACAGCGUGAACCAAACGGCAUGGGGAUGCAUGAGGAUGUACUUUGGUGUCUUCACUGAGCACGGGAGAGCUCUGUCACUCACAGCUGCGUGCUGCGUCCCCGACGAGGAAAUGGAUGAAAAAAACAACCACACAGCGCAAGCUGCUGCUUUUUUUUUCUCCCCCCCCCCCCCCCCCCCCUAUAAAUCCUACAGCUGAAAAAAAAUUGUCUUGAGGGUGAAAAAUGAAAAUUCAAUUCAUUGUGCUUUUAUUCCAUUGGAUUGUAGUUUUAUUUGUUCUAUUGCCUGCACUGUAAGAUCCAAUAGAGGUUAUAUCUGCCGUAAUGGAUGUACUAUAUAUGAGAAGACAUAAAGCAACACAAUAAAUUGAGUCAGAAACAAGUUUUUAUUGUUCAAAUAACCUUUUGGGCUGUUGGUUUGAUUUCUUUAAAUGUAGCUGUGCAUCAUUUGCUGCAGUGCCUGGGUGAACUGAAGCUUUAAGAUGGCGGAGGCUUGGGGUUGGAAUGUUGUGGAUUGCUCGGCGGGUUGCCUGGGUGAACUGAAGCUUUAAGAUGGCGGAAGCUUGGGGUUGGAAUGUUGUGGAUUGCUCGGCGGGUUGCCUGGGUGAACUGAAGCUUUAAGAUGGCGGAAGCUUGGGGUUGGAAUGUUGUGGAUUGCUCGACGGGUUGCCUGGGUGAACUGAAGCUUUAAGAUGGCGGAAGCUUGGGGUUGGAAUGUUGUGGAUUGCUCGGCGGGUUGCCUGGGUGAACUGAAGCUUUAAGAUGGCGGAAGCUUGGGGUUGGAAUGUUGUGGAUUGCUCGGCAGGUUGCCUGGGUGAACUGAAGCUUUAAGAUGGCGGAAGCUUGGGGUUGGAAUGUUGUGGAUUGCUCGGCGGGUUGCCUGGGUGAACUGAAGCUUUAAGAUGGCGGAAGCUUGGGGUUGGAAUGUUGUGGAUUGCUCGGCGGGUUGCCUGGGUGAACUGAAGCUUUAAGAUGGCGGAAGCUUGGGGUUGGAAUGUUGUGGAUUGCUCGGCGGGUUGCCUGGGUGAACUGAAGCUUUAAGAUGGCGGAAGCUUGGGGUUGGAAUGUUGUGGAUUGCUCGGCGGGUUGUCUUGUUUUCUCCAUGGUUUAUUGCACAUGGACUUCCUAGAAAGUUGAUUAGACAGGAAUUUCUGUCAGUGUGCAGUAUACACACAAGAGCGCGGGUCUUCAUGUUGGAGCUAACGUUCUACAAAUGUAAAGGUGUUGGUAGUGAGUACAUUAUUUGCAUUGCAGGAUAUUUAUAUUUCAUGUUUUUUUUGGUUAAAUAUUUCAUGUUAACUUUAUUUGACCUCUGCAUAUUCAUUUCCUCAGGUUACCAUAGCAGAAAAAAGUUUAACAUGAAUUCUUUCACUGAGAUUAUAAAGGAAUUCUAGGUAAAAAUUCUACUGGAUUUUCAGUUAUUUGUUUUUGAAUUAGGACAGGAUACAUGUGAAUUUUCUUUGAAUAUUUUCAUAUCUUUAUUAAUGUUAUGAGCAAUCGUAUAAUAUUUAACUGCAAUUUUAUGUUGUCAUCACUUGCUACUUCAAACCUUUCAGAUAUUUUGUAUGAGGAUACAGUCUGUCAUAAAGCCAUAGUUUUUGGAAACUAAGCUAGCCAUUCAUUAAAAAGAUGUUACAUUCAAAUGAAUGGCAAAAUAACAUUGCAAAUGAAAAUUUAUGUCAUUUUUAACAUUCUACAGCUUGUUCACUUUAUGCCCCAUCAAGCAUCCUCUAUCUUAAUGGCAUCUGUCUAGGCCAGCUGGUGAACUGAAAAUUCAAGUGGCAUUCAUUAUCUGCAGCUGAAGUUGACACGUAUCAAUUGAAUGCCAUGUCUUUUUUCCAUUGAAAAAAUAUAUAGACUUACUAAACCAGAACCACACAUUUUUAAUAUCAUUCAUUUUUCGUGUAACUGCUUUGCACGUUUUGUUUUGCGUUAAAAGUUUGUUCACAUUAUUCUGUGCAAAAAAAAAAAGACCAAUCAUGUAUCUGGUGGAUCAUUUGGUCCCACUGAAACAAACACCACCUUCUAUUUGGCCAGAUUGUUGUAAUCACUUUCCAAGAUCAUGUUAAAUUAUGUUGUUUAUCAAACUGUCAUAUGGUUACUGCCAUGUGAUGCUAGUAUUAGUUUUGCCUCUAGUACAAUAGACAGCUUCCUACUGUAUCGUAUUUUGUGGAAAACUGUCCUACAUCAUAAUUAUUUGAGAGAGCAGGGAGUCAUAAUAUCUAUACACUGACACUAUACACAAUGCAUUUCACAUUUCCUUCUCUCAUGUGCUCCAGAGUUCAGAGCAGCUUGUUUUGGUAAACUGAUCAUAUGCAGGUCUGUGGUAUGGUUUGCACUCAUUUGGCAAACUUAGCACCAGGGAGGAAUCAAGUGUCCAACUCUAACUCUCCAUAACAACUUUAGGUCGAUGACAAGGUGUGCAUGGUUUUUGGCGAUCAGUGUUGCUAUAUUAAGCAAUGAAAUGAGACUUGAGGAGCUUAAGAAGUUCUGAAGCACUUUGAACUAAUACUAGCCUGUCUGACAAAAUACUUGAUGUUGUGUUCUGUAUUACUGUAUUUAAGUUUGAAAACAACCAGGAAGCUUCCUCUGCCAUAGGUUAGCUCUAGCACCAAAAUGAGUAGCUGUUGAAAUGGCAGUCUAAAUACGUGUAUAGCCUGGGAAAAGGGUCGUAUUUUUAGCAUGCUUGUAUUGAGCCAAGUGAACACAAAGGGUGGUUAGAAAACCAUCAGAUUUCCCCUAAGGGAGCUAUGCAGACAUCACAUGUUUUGGGAGCAAUUCAGGAGAUGCUCAGCUAGAGAAUAUCUUGAAAAACCCUGUGUGUUUUUAGCAACACAGAUCUCUUUGUGCUUUCAAAUGUUUUUUGCACUGAAGAUUUCCUCGCCAGAUGCAAAUGCUUUUAGACAAACUAUGCUUCUUGUAAUGCUCUAGAUGCCAGGUGUUUCAAGGCUUUGGUCAUGUUUUUCAUUUUGUUAAAAUACUAAUGUUCAGUAAUCACAUCCAUUUGUAAAAUCUCAAUUACAGUUCAAACUUUUUUCUAGACUAAUGGCAUUAGCUCCCUCCCAGAUCAGUUUCAGUCUUGAGGUAUAGCAGAAUCUUUUCAGUAAAACUAAACAAUAUUGCCCAACUGAUACCCUCAGAAUUUGUAAUGAUGUGCAUACUUUUAAAUCAUAGUUGCAGAGGAAGCUGUUCGCUGUUUUCCAUGUGACUGCACAUUAAUUGCUGUAAACUGUCUGAAGUCCAGUUCAGUUUAGCCAUAACCUAGAAAUCAAAGUGCAAGACAAUAAUUGAUAUUUCCGCAAAGGCAAUCAUUUAAGGACUCCGCAUUGAGCGUACAAUCAAGCUCGGAUAUGGCUGAGGGAUUACAUGCAUAUAUGGUGACUAAUGAGGAAUUGGAAAAUAAGCUUAAAUGUGGACAGCAAAAAAAUAUAACUGCCUGUAUUCAUAAAGUGUCAGAGCAGGAGUGCUGAUCUAAGAUAAGGUUUCCCAUGUCUGUUUUCUAACUUUAUCCACUCCUGUUAAGACAUUAAAAAAGGCCCAAGACCAGGUCUGAAGCCAUUUUCUCACCUCUGUAGCGGAGAUGUACAGCCAUUUGACAGACAGAAGAUGGUGAGGAUGCUCAGAGAAGAAGUGCUUGAGGUGGGAGGUUUUUAAAAAAUAAUAUGAUGGGUUCAUCUCUGGCUUACGUACCAAGCAAAGACAAAUCUGUUUCAGUAAGCCAUCCCGAUUACAAGCAAGCUGUAUGUCAAAGUCAUUUGUGUUGAACAUGUCACAAGUAUGGAAAUGCAAGACAGCAGUCCCAAUUUAAUAUUUAAUGGGUAAUUCUAAGAUGUCACUUAUGUGACGGUUUUAACCAUUUAGAAAAAGGAAUGUCUUAUACAAAUAUUUUCUUGGCCAGUUCACUGAUCUGAGAAGACAAAACUAUAGCAUUUUUCUACUUUAUGUGGGUUUGCAUUUUCAGAAAAAUAAACAUAUUUGGUGUG